GACUAUCUCGGCGUCAUCGUCCGCGCAGGCGCAGUACUCACACACAGUGCAUGUGUGGAGCCAGGAUUCCAGGGGAGAAGGAAGCGAGAAGUCCAGCGAUGCCGAAAGGAGGGAAGGCGCACAAGGCCCAGGAGGAAUGGAUCGGGGACGAGGAGGAGAAGAAGAAGGCCGGGCCCGUGGAGGGGGCCGGAGACAAAGUGGUAAAGAAGGGGAAGAAGGAUAAAAAGACCAAAAAGUCGUUCUUUGAGGAGUUGGCUGUGGAAGAGAAGCACACCAGUGAGGACCAGGCAGCUGAGAAAGAAAAGGAGAAGCAGCCACAACAACAGCAGCAGCAAAAGAAGAGGCGAGAUAAGAAAAAAGACCGGAAGAAAAAGGAUUCAGAAGAAGAUGAAGAGGAAAACCAGUUGAUUGAGAGGCUGAAGAAGCUGUCAGCCCAAGCCAGCGAUGAGGAAGAUGAAGUGCCUGUCACUAUUAGCAGAGCCGGCAAGAAAAAGAAGGGAGGAAAUGUGUUCGCUGCAUUGAGCCAGGAACAGGAACAGAGUGAGGAGGAAGAAGAGGAGGAGGAGGAGGAAGAAGAAGAAGAACCUCCCAAACCAAUUAAACCUGACAAGAAUAAGAUCAACAAGGCAGCAUCCGAUGAUGAAGAGGAGAGGAAGCCUGACAAAAAAGGGUCCAAAGCCAAACAGAAGGAAGAAAAUGAAGAAGAGGCAAGGAAAAGCAAGAAAAACGAAAAGAACAAAGGAAAACAGCAGAAAGGAGGCUCUGCCAUUUUGGCUCAAAGCGAUGAGGAGGAAGCCAGCGAAGAAAUGAAGAAGUCCAAGGACAAAUCUAAGACUAUAACCAAACCAGUUGCUCAGCCUGAUGAAGUUGCAAAAAAGCCAAAAGGGAAAAAGAAUCAGCCAGCCAAGAACAUGUUUGCUGCUCUGGAGAAUGAGGAGAUGGAUGAUGAAGAGGAAGACGAGGAAGACGAUGACGAAGAGGUGGCAUCCACUAAAGGCAAAGGGAAGUCCAAACAGAACAGUCAGCCGCCAUCGGAGGAUGAAGAAGAGGAGGGGGAGAAGAAGGAGGAUGACCCCUAUGCGAACCUCAGUAAAAAGGAAAAGAAGAAACUCAAGAAGCAGCAAGAGUUUGAGCGGCAGGUGGCCUCCCUGAAAGCAGCCAGUGCAGCAGAGAAUGAUUUUUCAGUGUCACAGGCUGAACUCUCCUCGCGUCAGGCCAUGCUGGAAAAUGCCUCCGACAUUAAGCUGGAGAAGUUCAGCAUCUCAGCUCAUGGCAAAGAGCUGUUUGUCAACGCAGACUUAUAUAUUGUGGCUGGACGACGAUAUGGUCUAGUGGGGCCAAAUGGGAAAGGCAAGACCACUUUGUUGAAGCAUAUUGCCAACCGGGCCCUGAGCAUCCCUCCCAACAUUGAUGUAUUGCUUUGUGAACAAGAGGUGAUUGCAGACGAGACCCCUGCUGUGCAAGCUGUCCUUAAGGCCGACACCAAGAGGCUGAAGUUGCUGGCCGAGGAGAAGCGACUGCAGACCCUGCUGGAGAAAGGGGACGACGGUGCUGCAGAACGGCUGGAGAAGGUCUAUGAAGAACUACGGGCUACAGGAGCAGCAGCAGCAGAGGCCAAAGCUCGGAGGAUCCUGGCUGGUUUGGGCUUCAAUCCUGAGAUGCAGAAUCGACAGACCAAGAAAUUCUCUGGAGGCUGGCGCAUGAGAGUGUCCCUUGCCAGAGCACUGUUUAUGGAGCCUACGUUACUGAUGCUGGAUGAGCCCACCAACCAUUUGGAUCUCAAUGCCGUCAUCUGGCUUAACAAUUAUCUCCAGACAUGGAAAAAGACCCUUCUGAUUGUUUCCCACGACCAGGGCUUCUUGGAUGAUGUCUGCACAGAUAUCAUCCACCUGGACAUGCAGAAGCUCUUUUACUACCGAGGAAAUUACAUGACUUUCAAGAAGAUGUAUCAGCAGAAACAGAAGGAACUGCUAAAGCAGUAUGAGAAACAGGAGAAGAAGCUGAAAGACCUCAAGGCUGGAGGAAAGUCUACAAAGCAGGCAGAAAAGCAGACCAAGGAAGCCCUGACUCGCAAGCAGCAGAAAUGUCGCAAGAAGAACCCAGACGAAGAGGCCAAUGAGGCUCCCGAGCUCCUAAAGCGGCCAAAGGAAUAUACUGUGAAGUUCACUUUUCCAAACCCGCCACCCCUCAGCCCUCCCAUUCUGGGCUUGCAUGGUGUAGACUUCACUUAUCAGGGGCAGAAACCUCUUUUCAAAAAUUUGGACUUUGGCAUUGACAUGGAGUCUCGAAUCUGUAUUGUGGGUCCCAAUGGUGUGGGAAAGAGUACGCUGCUGUUGUUACUAACAGGGAAACUCACACCGACGAGAGGGGAAAUGAGGAAAAAUCACAGACUAAAAAUUGGCUUUUUCAAUCAGCAAUAUGCUGAUCAGCUGAACAUGCAGGAGACUGCGACGGAGUACCUGCAGCGCAAUUUCAACCUGCCCUACCAGGAUGCUCGCAAAUGCUUGGGGCGUUUUGGCUUGGAAAGCCACGCUCACACCAUCCAGAUCUGCAAACUCUCUGGGGGACAGAAAGCCCGUGUGGUAUUUGCUGAACUAGCUUGUAGAGAGCCGGACGUGCUUAUUUUGGAUGAACCUACAAAUAACCUGGAUAUUGAGUCAAUUGAUGCUUUGGGAGAUGCCAUCAAUGAAUACAAAGGGGCUGUGAUUGUUGUCAGCCAUGAUGCCCGGCUUAUCACAGAGACCAACUGCCACCUCUGGGUGGUGGAGGACCAGUCGGUCAACCAGAUAGAUGGGGACUUUGAAGACUACAAGCGGGAAGUGCUGGAGGCCUUGGGCGAAGUCCUCGUCAGCCGGCCCCGAGAGUGAACGUUGAAGGAAGCCUUCCAAACCGCCUUCCAUUUUUCCAGCACAAGUUCCACACACUCGCUCUAUGCGAAGGACUCUUUAUUUAUGACAGCUGGGGGUGGAGGGAGGAGGAGGGAUUGAGCAAGUGCCAGGAGCAAAACAAUACCUCUUCUGUUCUCUCUUCCUACCCAUGCCAUCCGGAAGAACCAGAAUGAAUUGAGGGAGCUGACGAACUGUGAGCAUGUCUCAGAAGGACUCGCUUUCCCCAAGGGCCUCUUUUCCAGGUCUCCCCUUCCUCUCCCAGUCCCCAGCAUUCUUUUUGGGAAUCGCUGGAGCAGAGUUAUGUAACCAUAUUAAAUUAAAAUGUGAAGGACAUUUUCAUGCAA